AUGAUAGAAAUUUCCGCCGUAUGCCACGCGCUGUGGCAUUGUGGGUACGGCGUGAAGGAAUUGAGCGAAGUGCGUUUGUGUGUUGCAGAGGCGCCGCCCCCGCGUGAGCUCGUGGCGCCGCGCUACAUUUCGGAGCUGUCGGAGCGGCUGCUGUUCGCCGGGGUCCAGCUGCCAGGGACGCGCGACCUGCGCGGGCGGCCCAUCGUGCUGGCGCUGGCGGCGGAGCUGGCGGCGGCGGCGCCCGAGGCCCACAGCCUGGCCGCGCUGCUGCUCUACUACUGCUCCCUGCUCGGAAUUGGAAGGAGCACCGAAGAAGAGGAGCUGGAGGCAGAGGCGCUCGAGGCGGUGACAUCAAGGAAGGAGGUGAUGCUGCUGGUGGUGUCGGAUUCUCAGGAAACAGCAGCACUCGAUAUUUUAGACCGCGCACUCGCCCUGGUACAGGUAUGCCGAAUCUUCUUCAUUUUCAUUUUCAUUGUCAUUGGCCCGCCACUGACUAGAAUGUUGUAUGGAUUUGUUUCUUAG